AUGGAGGCGGGCAGCAUCCACACACAUGGCAAGGGAUACGGAAAGCGGACCAGAGAUUCCACCGAAGCCGAAGACGCCAGAGAUUCGGCCUUCACAGCCUUCCACCUCAGUCAAAUCGGCAUCAGCAGAAAGGCAGUGCUGUUGGGACCGAAGAUUUUGAUUACGGUCAUUCUGAGGAACCUCAAGAGGAACCGUUGCUUGGAGAGCCAUGAUCCAUUCUGGUUUCGAAAAGAACGGGAGCGCUAUUCUCCGCCCGUGGAUUCGGAAGAAGCGCAAUUUGCGGAACGGCGCAGAGUCGCAGACGAAUGGAGUCGGCGGUGUGAUGAUUUUUUUCGAGAGCGUGCCAAACGCAAAGAAGAGAAAUUGCGCACCGAGGAACUACGUCGAGCGGAGAAUGACCGCGCGAUGGAGGAGUUCCUGAAGAGGCACCCUGAGGAAGAACAGAUAGGCGAGGAUGAUCUAGAUGUUGGCUAUGCAAUGUGUGAUAGUGUGGAUGAGGAAGAUGAAUCCGACGAAAAUGAGGGGGAAGAGGACGCUGGCAGUGAAGCGCGGAAGGCUACUGCAGCAGGAGACGUCCAAGACACGUCCGGGACGGAGGAGGCAAUGGAUACGGAAGACGAUUUAUGUUUGCCAGCGGCAGUUCAAGCCAGAAAAAGGCAUAGUGUGGAAAUUCUUGAGGAUGACGAUGAGACGGAAACCGUUGUUGUUCGGAAGCGGCACCGCUCCGCACCGGAGACCAGCGCUGCAAGCUCUAUGGGGCAGAUCCCCGCCUAUCUAGCCGCAUCAACUAGGGGACGCGGAAAAUAUGUCCCACUAUCGGCCUGGACUAAGGAGGAGAAAAUCGCAGCCACGUUGCUCGUCGAAGAUGGUAUGACUGUCGAGCAACUUUUUGAUUGGGCUAGGCAGCGCGGAUAUUUGAUCAAGAGGACCAAUCUUAAAAAUUUUGUCUAUCGGGUUCGGGCGGGUCAAGGAGCGACGAGAAAGGCGGGUUCGGGCCGUCCUAAUACUUUAAUGAAUCUUCAUAUGGCAGAUCUCGAGAAAGCUAUUGCCUUCAAUCCCAGAAUAUCGGGGCGUCAACUAGCAUCCGUUGUUGGCAUAACAGAACCUGCAGUCCGGCGGUUGUGCAAGGAGCUUGGCUACAAGCGGUACAAAAUGCAACCGGUACAACGCUUGACUGACAAGGACAAGGAAAAGCGUCUCACCUGUGCCAGCAAUUUCCUGCGGGCGCUUGACUCCGGAGAAAUUAGCUUGAGGAAAAUUGUCUUCUCGGAUGAAAAAUUCAUCCACAUUGACCCGCCCAAGGCCCACCAGCACAUUUUCUCAAAGGCGAAAACCAAGCGCGAGGUUGAAGAACAGCUGUUAGAUUUGCCACAUGGAAAGCCAAAAGGUGUCGGCUUUACUUACUGGGGCGGGAUCAGUGGUGAUGGUAAAAAGCUGCCGUUGCUGAUCAUGGAGCAGGGACAGACGAUCGGGGGGCGCGAAUAUAGGUAUUUCCUCAACGAUCACAUCAUCCAAAACGCUCAACAUGAGGUGGGCCCUGAUUUCGUCUAUCAGCACGAUUGGGCUCCGGCACACAACGAUGCCCGAACGCAUCAGCUGCUGAUCGACAAGGGAAUUCGAUACCUUGACCGUUCCGAGUAUGAUAUGUUCCUAACAGCCGUUAAUGGCGUUCAGACGAGAGACCCGAAGCAGAACCUCGACAUCGCCCAGGGAUACGAUUCUGGCUACGAGUCGGACACCGGCAGCUUGGAUGGCAAGGGGGGCUACUACGAGAAGCAGGCCGCCAUGCCACGAACCGCCUACACCGAGCCAUCGGAGGAUGUAACAGCUGAUGUGGCGGAUCUUGAAAGGAAUGGUAAAAAAGUGGAGAUUCGCCAGCCCGAUGAUGAAGAUAGUUUUACUACAGUCAAGCAGCGCGUCAACCAGUGGCUCGACGAGGCGCAGGAACCAGAGCAGCAAGAUCAGCAGGAGCCAGCCCAA